GGGGCCUGGAUUCGCCAGCCUAGGGUUCCGGCGAGCGAAUCUGGCGGUCGAUCUGCGUCAGGGGAGCGCAGGGCGCAGGUGUAGGGUUCGCGGUCUGCCUGAUUCCGAUUCUGCGGCCAUUCCGACGGGGUACCCAGCCGCUUGCCUGCGCUUGCGCACGUCCCGCGUCCGUGUUUGCGCGGCUCAAUCAUGGCGGGAUCUGUGGGCGCGGCCAAGGCGGCGUCUCGGCCGUCCCCGAAGCGGUACAGCGGCAUGGAUCCGCCCUUGUCUCUGGCGAGGCCCACCGUGUUCGACCUCCAGAAGACGGCUGAGCUCGAGAAGUUCUUGGUGGAUAUGGGCCUUUACGAGGGGGAGGAGCAGUCCGCGAAACGGGAGGAGGUGCUACGGGAGAUUGAUGGGAUAGUUAAGGGAUGGGUGAAGCGGUUAACUAGUCAGAAAGGGUUUUCUCAGCAUAUUGUUGAAAAGGCAAAUGCAGUCCUUUUCACUUUUGGAUCUUACCGAUUGGGGGUUCAUGGGCCUGGAGCAGACAUUGAUAUCGUAUGUGUUGGACCUUCAUAUGUGAAGCGAGAGGAUGAUUUCUUUGUGGCACUACAUGACAUAUUGGCCCAAAUGGAAGAAGUGACGGAACUGCAACCUGUACCUGAUGCCCAUGUACCUGUUAUGAAAUUUAAGUUCCAUGGAAUGGCAAUUGACCUUCUCUAUGCCAGUGUAUCGCUUUCAGUAAUACCACCAGAUUUCAACAUCUCUGAAGGAUCUGUGCUUAGUGGUCUUGAUGAAGCAACUGUCCGAAGUCUUAAUGGGUGCAGGGUGGCAGACCGGAUUCUUCGACUUGUUCCUAAUGUUGAGAACUUUCGGACAACACUCAGGUGUUUGAAGUACUGGGCAGAGAGAAGGGGCGUUUAUUCCAAUGUUACUGGUUUCCUUGGCGGUGUCAACUGGGCCAUAUUGGUUGCUCGUAUCUGCCAACUCUAUCCUAAUGCUGUACCAAGUAUGCUGGUUUCAAGAUUCUUCAGGGUUUUUACACAGUGGCAGUGGCCGAAUCCAGUGAUGCUUUGUGCCAUUGAGAAUGACGACCUUCGUUUUUCUGUCUGGGAUCCACGUAAAAAUCCUCGUGAUAGAUCUCAUGUUAUGCCCAUCAUUACUCCAGGCUAUCCUUGCAUGAACUCUAGCUACAAUGUUUCUAGCAGCACAUUGAGGGUUAUCAUGGAGCAAUUUAAGCUCGGUAAUAAAAUUUGUCAGGAAAUUGACCUUAAUAAGGCCAGUUGGGCUGUUUUGUUUGAGCCUUUAAAUUUUUUUGAGGCAUAUACGAAAUAUUUAGUGGUUGACAUUGUUGCGGAUGAUGAUGAUGAUCUUCGGCUUUGGAAGGGAUGGGUUGAGUCUCGACUGAGACAGCUGACACUGAAGAUAGAGCGGGAUACUAAAGGAAUGCUGCAAUGUCAUCCUUACCCAUGUGAGUAUGCAAAUCCUUCAGUACAGUGUGCUCAUUGUUCCUUCUACAUGGGCUUAUCAAGGAAAGAAGGUAUGAAAGUACAUGGGCAAAAAUUUGAUAUCCGUGCAACGGUAGAUGAGUUUAUGCAUGAAAUUGGAAUGUAUCCAUUGUGGAAAUCUGGAAUGGAUCUUGCAGUCACCCAUGUCCAUAAGAAGCAGAUCCCGCAUUAUGUGUUUGAACAGGGUUACAAGAAACCUUGUCCGCAGUUGCAUGCAAACCAGCAGGAGCAGUCUGAUAGAAAUGACACUGAAGAUGGCACACCAACAGCAUCUCUGGAUGGUCAACUUAAGAGAAAGUGCGAUUUUGAUGGAGCUGGUCAGGUCGAAUCAGGUAAAUCUGUUAAAAGGUCUUCAGUAAGCUCAGGCUGCGAGGAAAGUCCACCUGACUCUGGAAACAUUGUUAGUCAAAGUGUAUGUGAGAACCCAGUCAAAUCAGUUUCCAGUGUUCUCUGUAAUGGAGUUCAGAAUAGUCCGUUGCAUGGUGAUGUAAAUCUGGAAUCAGCAAACUGUUCCAAUUCACCCCAUGGAUCUGAGGUGUCCGCAGCAUCAGGCACGAGCUGUGCAGCCAUGGAAACAGUCGACAUGAUUGAUGAAAUUGCCGGUCCUGAAAGCUCAGUGCCAUGUGUUAUGAGUGGUGCCGUUCAGGCUAUGGCAGUGCACACACCUAUAAAAUGUGUGGCUGAGAAAGAUGAACCUAAGUUCGAGGGAAUUGAUAGAUUGGUAAGCAGUAAUUGUGCGGAGUCUCUGGAGGAGGCAGAAACACUCGCUGGGAAUUUACUUAGUGAGAAUAUGCACCCAAGUGGGAAUGGAGUGAUUUGAAGUGGCCUUCCAUAUAGAGCUGAACGAUGUAACUGAAGUAGUUUCUAAAGAUCAUGCAGGUGCCAAAUUCGGUGUCUCCAGCAGAAAGCUUCGAUGAGGCAUGUCUUGAAUCAUAAUCCUCUGUUUCAUUUAGCAUCCAAAGUGCUCUAUUUUGUUCACACUGCUGUUUGGUACCUUUUUUUCAAUGGCAGUUCUCAUCUGUCCUGAACUGUGGAGAGGAUAACCAAAGGAAAUGAUGACUGCUGACUACUGAAUGGAAUCAGAGGUUUCAUCGCUGUGGUCGGUAAGUUUAUUUACUCACAAAGAUUCCUUCCGAGUUCUGACACAGAUUUUGUCAGAAGGGAGUCUUGAAUGAAGCUGGUGCCGGUGCCGGGGCUGGAAUGCUCAACCAGCCUUAGAGAAAAUGUACAACAAUUUUUCCCAGAUGCUUCUGACCAGGACAAGAUGUUGUCCGGAACUCCAAACCAUGUACCGAUUGCAUUACUUGAUCUUAGUAUACAAAGUUGUCACCAUGUAAGCUGUACAGAGAUGUACCAGUUACAUAGGUUUAGGUCAGACUUAGGUAGCUUACAAUCAGUUUUGGUCAUUGAGAAUGUACACACAAAUUACACCUAUGUCAAUUUUGAAAUUCUGGAAGCUUUGUCUACUCA